GCAAGUUGGUUGUCUGCAUCCCGUGGCCUGCGUGAUCCUCCUCCUGACACCAUCACUCUCACUCUCACUCUCACACGCCAUGAGCAGCAGCAGAGCCGCGAUGCUUCGUAGACUAAUAACCCAUCGCCACCGCAGCAUCGUCAGCGUCUGCGACGGCAUCGGAUCACCCCAGCGCCAGCUGACCCGCCACCAUUAUUCUAAUCCCCACCAGGGUUAUUCUAAUCCCACCCCCGAUCUCGCCGGGGCGCGCGCGUUUACUUCUUUACUAUCCACGCCAUGGCCAUGCCGCCCGCGCGCGUCCCUGUCGUCGCUCUCCUUCUUCUCCAGCCUGGCUGGAAGGGGCGAGGAUCAGGAGGUGGAAGUGCUGGACAUGGACGCCGGCACGGUGCGCUGCGCGGCCAACUACGCGCCGCUCACGCCGCUCAGCUUCAUCGAGCGCGCCGCGGCCGUGUACGGCGACCGCCCCGCCGUGGUGUACGGGGAGGCCCGGCGGCGCACGUGGAGGGAGGUGCGGGAGCGCUGCGUCCGCGUGGCCGCCGCCCUCGCCGCACGCUUCGGCGUCGCCCGCGGUGACGUGGUGAGUAUGGAUGGAACUACCCUUCUCUGUUUUUUCACUAUUCGGAGUGUGCAGGUGGCUGUGCUCAGCCCGAACGUGCCUGCGAUGUACGAGCUGCACUUCGCCGUGCCCAUGGCCGGCGCUGUGCUCUGCACGUUCAACACGCGGCACGACGCGCCCAUGGUGUCCGCCCUGCUCAAGCACUCCGGCGCCAAGGUGUUCCUCGUCGAGUCCAGCCUCCUCCACGUCGGCAGAGCCGCCCUCAAGCGCAUCGCCGACUCUGAGUCCAACGCCGCCAGCAUUCCGGUUCUCGUAACCAUCUCGGACGACGCCGGCCAAGACUCCGGCCGGGCGGCGGACUACGACUACGAGGGUCUGAUAAAGAGCGCUCCGUCUGCGUUUGACAUCCGGUGGCCGGCGGACGAGCUGGACCCGAUCACGCUCAACUACACGUCCGGCACGACGUCGCGGCCCAAGGGCGUGGUGUACAACCACCGGGGCGCCUACCUCAACACCAUCGGCACCGUCCUGGCCUACGACAUCACCCCGAUGCCGACCUACCUGUGGACGGUGCCCAUGUUCCACUGCAACGGCUGGCACCUACCGUGGGGCGUCGCCAUGCAGGGCGGCACCAACGUUUGCCUCCGCCACUUCACCGCCGCCGUCAUCUUCGACACCAUCGAGCGGCACGGGGUGACGCACAUGGGCGGCGCGCCCACGGUGCUCAACAUGAUCGUCAACGCGCCGGCCGCGGACCGGAGGCCGCUGCCGGGGACGGUGCGCGUCAUGACGGGCGGCGCGCCGCCGCCGCCCCGCGUCCUGGCCGGGAUGGAGGAGCUCGGCUUCGCGGUGUACCACAUCUACGGCCUCACGGAGACGUACGGCCCCGCCACCGUGUGCACGUGGAUGCCGGAGUGGGACGCGCUGCCGGGCGAGGAGCGCGCGCGGCUCAAGGCGCGGCAGGGGUUCCAGCACAUCGCGAUGGAGGAGGCCGACGUCAAGGACCCGGUGACCAUGGAGAGCGUGCCGCGCGACGGCGAGGUGGUGGGCGAGGUGAUGUUCCGCGGCAACACCGUCAUGAGCGGAUACUACAAGGACAUCACCGCCACCAAGGAGUCCAUGGCCGGCGGGUGGCUGCACACUGGAGACCUCGCCGUGCGGCACCCGGACGGGUACAUCCAGCUCAAGGACCGGGCCAAGGACAUCAUCAUAUCAGGCGGCGAGAACAUCAGCUCGAUCGAGGUGGAGUCGGUGAUCUUCAGCCACCCGGCGGUGCUGGAGGCGGCGGUCGUGGCGAGGCCCGACGACCACUGGGGGGAGACGCCAUGCGCGUUCGUCAAGCUGAAGGACGGUGCUAUUGCCACGGAGGCAGAGAUCAUCGGCUUCUGCCGGGAGAGGCUGCCGCACUUCAUGGCGCCCAAGACGGUGGUGUUUGAGGAUCUGCCCAAGACUUCGACGGGGAAGACGCAGAAGUUUGUUCUCCGGGAGAAGGCCCGGGCAAUGGGCAGCCUUACCAAGAUAGUAGGAAACAACAGCAAACUGUAACAUUUGUAGUGUUGAAAAUGAUGUGACAUGUCGAUUAAAGCUGAAGCCAUUCAGUUGUUAACUAAACUAACACCCCGUUUCAGUAAGACCAUGUCGACUAAAACCGAAGUCAU